AUGAAUAUCAUUGUUAUUAACGUUAUUACUUGUCUUCUACUCAUUAGUAUGGUAAACACUUUUUCUUUUUGGAGUAGUAAAAAUGAAGAAAAACAAGAAUAUCAAAAAAAGCAAGAAGAUCAAGAAAAACAAGAAAAGCAACGAAGAAAAGAAAAAGCAGAUGUUGAUACAGUAAUUGGUAUUGAUCUGGGAACAACUUAUUCAUGUGUCGCUGUCUUUAAAAAUGGUCACGUUGAAGUUCUUGAAAAUGAUCAAGGCAAUCGAAUAACACCAUCUUAUGUUACUUUUACAUCUAAUGGUGAACGAUUAAUAGGUGAUGCUGCCAAAAAUUUACUUACCUCGAAUCCUCAAAAUACAAUAUUCCGUAUCAAACGAUUGAUGGGCCGUGAAUAUUACGACCCAUCGGUCAAACAAGACAUAAAAGAUUUUCCAUUUUCGGUUAUUGCGAAAGAUGAUAAACCGGUUGUGAAAGUCCAAAUAGGUUCUACUGAAAAGUUGUUUACACCAGAAGAAAUUUCGGCAAUGAUACUUGGUAAAAUGCGCGAGAUCGCUGAAACAGAUCUUAGAAAGAAAGUGAAAUAUGCUGUUGUAACAGUUCCUGCCUAUUUUAAUGAUGCUCAACGACAAGCAACAAAAGAUGCUUGUACUAUCGCGGUUUUGAAUGCUGUAAGAGUUAUCAACGAACCGACAGCCGCAGGGAUUGCUUAUGGUCUUGGUAGUUUGAAUAAGGAAAUCAGCUAUCAGACUAUACUUGUCUUCGAUUUGGGUGGUGGAACAUUUGAUGUUUCGCUUUUAGUAGUCGGGUCGGAUGAACAAGACCAUACUUUCUUUGUUAUCUGUAUAGGCGGUGAAGAUUUCGAUCUACGUGUUAUGGAAUAUUUAAUUAAAUUGUUCAAACAGAAGACUGGCAAAAAUGUCCAAGAUACUCGUGCUUUACAAAAACUUCGACGUGAAGUUGAAAAAGCUAAACGGAUAUUGUCGUCAGAAGUUGAGAUAAAAAUUGAAAUUGAAUCUUUUUUUCAAAAUGCGGAUUUUAAUGAAAAAUUAACACGUGCUAAAUUUGAAGAACUCAAUCUGGAUUUAUUUCAGUCAACAUUGAUACCCGUGGAAAAAGUUCUAGAAGAUGGCGAUCUUAAAAAAUCUGAUAUCGACGAAAUUAUUCUCGUCGGUGGAUCGACUAGAAUACCAAAAAUUCGACAGCUGCUCAAAGAAUAUUUCAAUGGAAAAGAACCAUUACGAAGUAUCAAUCCGGACGAAGCUGUCGGUGAGUGA